AUGAAUGAUAUUCUAUCCGCGAUGAUGAUCACCCAAGGCUUGUUACCAUCUGGGUCUUUGCUAGAUUCAUUGAUUCACAUAUCCAAUGAACUUGGCUCAAUGGAGAAUUUUCCCUUCAUACAAAUAAGGAAUGUUUCAUCCAUGAUAAGGAGGAUCAAGCUUCUAUCUUCUUUGUUCGAAGAGAUUCAAGAAACAGAUACCCCACUUCCUCCUUCUUCAAUCCUGUGUUUCACAGAGCUCUUCUCUGUAAUUAGAAGAGUGAAGGUUUUGAUCCAAGAGUGCAAGGAUGGAAGCUCUCUUUGGGGUCUCAUUCAGUUAGAGUUCAUUUCAAACCAAUUUUAUGUGCUUGCAAAGGAGAUGGGAAGAGCCCUUGAUAUCCUUCCUCUGAAGUUGCUUAACGUAACAGCAGAUAUACGAGAACAAGUGGAGCUUCUGCAAAAACAGGCAAAGAGAACUGAGUUAGUCAUUGAUCCCAGAGAGCUUCAACGAAGAGAACAGCUUCUACAAGUAAUGGCCAACAACAGUUUACAAAACAAGAAGAGAAAGGGGUUUAUUGACUUUGGAAAAGUGGAAGAGAUAUUAAGCAGCAUUGGUUUGAGAACCUUAUCAGAUUAUGAUACAGAAAUAUCCAAGUUAGAGGCUGAAGCUCAGAAUCAGGCAGGCACAGGAGGACUAAUUGUUGUCUCCAAUCUAAACAAUCUCAUAUCUCUGGUUUCUUAUUCCAAAUCCAUGAUAUUCAGAGAUGGAGAUAACGAUGGAGGUGAAGAAGAGAGUAAGCCACUAUCUGCAUUUUUUCAUAAUAAAAUACAUGAUAGUUCUUCAUCUUCUCAGUCCACGUCCAUUUCACCUAGUAUUCCUGAUGAAUUUCGUUGCCCAAUUUCACUUGAUUUAGUGAAGGACCCUGUCAUUGUAUCAUCUGGGCACACUUAUGAUCGAACUUCAAUUGCACAAUGGAUAAACUCUGGGCAUCACACUUGUCCCAAAAGUGGGCAAAGGCUAAUUCACACUGCUUUAAUACCCAACUACGCAUUAAAGAGUCUUCUUCAGCAAUGGUGCCAUGAAAACAACGUCCCAAUGAAUGAGCCUAUGACCAAUUCACUUUCCGAGGGAAACAACAACAAGGGCAAGAAGAAUAUGAAUGAGAAUGCUAUUGAUCAUAUUUCUGCAAACAAAGCAGCUGCAGAUGCUGUCAAAAUGACAGCAGAAUUUCUAGUUGGAAAAUUGGCAACUGGUUCAGCUGAUACACAAAGGCAAGCUGCAUAUGAACUUCGGUUACUUGCAAAAUCCGGCAUGGAUAACCGAAGAAUCAUAGCUGAGGUAGGGGCUAUUCCUUUUCUUGUUACACUUCUAGCAUCUCAGGAUUCAAGAAUCCAGGAGCAUGUAGUCACGGCCUUGUUCAACCUCUCCAUCUAUGACAACAACAAGAUUUUGAUCAUGGCAGCUGGGGCAGUUGAUAACAUAGUAGAAGUACUCGAAUCGGGGAAGAACAUGGAGGCAAGAGAGAAUGCUGCAGCAGCAAUGUUUAGCUUGUCAAUGGUGGAUGAUUGCAAAGUACAAAUAGGAGCUCGUCCAAGGGCAAUACCUGCCUUAGUUGGACUCUUGAAAGAAGGUACUCCUAUUGGUAAAAGAGAUGCUGCUACUGCACUAUUCAAUCUUGCAGUUUAUAAUCCUAACAAAGCAUGUGUUGUUAAAGCUGGGGCAGUUCCUGUGUUGGUUGAGUUGUUAAUGGAUGAUAAGGCUGGCAUAACAGAUGAUGCUUUGGCUGUGCUUUCUUUACUACUUGGUUGCUCUCAGGGGCUACAAGAGAUAAGGAAUAGUAAAGCAUUGGUGCCCCUUCUUGUUGAUCUUCUGAGAUUUGGGUCAGUUAAAGGGAAGGAAAAUUCAAUAACACUUCUAUUAGGAUUGUGCAAAGAAGAUGGGGAACUUGUUGCAAAACGUCUCUUGGCAAAUCCAAGGAGUAUUCCUUCUCUUCAAAGCUUGGCAGCUGAUGGUUCUUUGAGAGCUAGGAGAAAAGCAGAUGCAUUGCUUAGGUUGCUAAAUAGGUGUUGUUCUCUAGCUUAUCAUUCUCUCUGA